CUGGCCGUGCUUCCCAGGCUUCGGCCUCAGGCGGGCAAGGACCCCGGGGCCUGCGGGGCUGCGCGCCGUCCGUCCGGGCCGGCACCCAGCGGGCGCAGAGCUGUGCGGGCCGGGCGGAGUCUCGAGCGGAGACCCCCCAAGCGCGAGCCCCGGAGCCCGCGGGCUGGGCCGGAGGGGCCGGGCGGCGGCACCGGCGGUGCAGGGCGGCGGGGCCCGGGCCCGGCCCGUUUGCACCCGCGGCGGUUCGGCCGAGGCUCGCGGGACGGCGAGGCCCCAGGCGGCCGAUUCGGGCCCCGGGACGGUCGUCGGCCCGAAGUGAAUUUGUCCCGGAGGCCCAGAUCCGGCUCCUCGGGAACGGCGGCCCCGGGAGGCGCCGCGCCAGCUCCGGAGCCCUCGGGAGCCUCGGGGCAGCUCGGCAGGUCCCGACGAGGUCCACUGUUAACAGUCUGUACGCAUUUCCAAGAGCAGUAGAAAAUGAAUGAGUCCCAGGGACCGGUGUCAUUCAGGGAUGUGGCCGUGGACUUCACCCAGGAGGAGUGGCAGCAGCUGGAGCCGGAGGAGAAGACCACUUACCGGGACGUGAUGCUGGAGAACUACAGCCACCUUGUCUCCGUGGGGUACGACAGCACCAAACCGAAAGUGAUCCUCAAGCUGGAGCAGGGAGAGGAGCCGUGGGUAGUGGAAGGUGACCUGCCGUGUCGGAGUCGUCCAGAAGUCUGGAAAGUUGAUGACCUGAUAGAGAGAAUCCCAGAAAAUGGAGAUGACAUUUCAAGGCAGGCUGUUUCUACCAACAGCAAAACCCCAAAUGAGGAGAGAGAGGAUGCAUUUGAUACAACACAUAAUGUGGAAACAAGCCUUGUUCCUUCAAGCGUCCUAUCUCACACUUGUGUCUCAUGUGGAAAGAAUUUAGAAUCGACUUCAGAAUUAAUCAUCAGUGACGGCAGCUAUGCGAGAAAGAAACCCAGUGAAUGUAGCGAGUGCGGAAAGAUGGACCACAGAGACAAACCCUAUGAGUGUAACCAAAAUGGGGAAGGCUAUUUUCAAAACGCAGAAAGUAUUCUUCAGAACGUUAAUCUUUUGGAGAAACCCUUUGAAUACAGUGAAUGCAUGGAAGCCUUAGACAACGAAGCUGUUUUCCUUACUCAUAAGAGAGCUUAUAUGGGGGAGAAGCCCUAUGAAUGGAAUGACUCCGGGUCAGACUUCAUCCAGAUGUCAAAUUUUAAUGUUUACCAGAGAUCACAGAUGGAAUUGAAGCCCUUUGAGUGCAGCGAGUGUGGGAAAUCCUUCUGUAAAAAGUCAAAGUUAAUCAUACAUCAGAGGGCCCACACGGGAGAGAAACCUUAUGAAUGUAAUGUAUGUGGGAAGUCCUUCAGCCAAAAGGGAACCCUCACCGUCCAUCGGAGAUCCCACUUGGAGGAGAAGCCCUAUAAAUGCAAUGAGUGUGGGAAAACCUUCUGUCAGAAGCUACAUCUCACCCAACACCUGAGGACUCAUUCAGGCGAGAAGCCCUAUGAAUGUAAUGAAUGUGGGAAAACCUUCUGCCAAAAGACCCAUCUGACCUUGCACCAGAGGAAUCAUUCAGGAGAGAGACCCUACCCCUGUAAUGAAUGUGGGAAAUCCUUCUCCCGCAAGUCUGCCCUCAGUGACCACCAGAGAACGCAUACUGGAGAGAAACUUUACAAAUGUAACGAGUGUGGGAAAUCCUACUACCGAAAAUCUACACUCAUUACCCAUCAGAGGACACACACAGGAGAGAAACCCUAUCAGUGCAGUGAGUGUGGCAAGUUCUUCUCUCGGGUGUCGUACCUCACCAUCCAUUACAGAAGUCAUUUAGAAGAGAAACCCUAUGAAUGUAAUGAGUGUGGCAAAACCUUCAAUUUAAAUUCAGCCUUCAUUAGACAUCGGAAGGUACACACAGAUGAGAAACCCCACGAAUGUAGUGAAUGCGGAAAGUUCUCUCAGUUCUCCUAUCUCACCGACCAUCCUCCGGCUCCUUUAGGAGAGAAACCCUAUGAAUGUAACGAAUGUGGGAAAAUCUUCCUUGACGGUUCAGCCUUCAGUGGGCACCAGUCACUUCCGAAAGGGGAGAAAUCCUAUGAAUGUAACAUAUGUGGGAAAUUGUUCUCUGAGUUGUCCUACUACACUAUACAUUAUAGAAGUCAUUCGGAAGAGAAACCCUAUGGUUGUAGCGAAUGUGGGAAAACCUUCUCCCAUAACUCUUCCCUCUUUAGACAUCAAAGAGUGCACACGGGCGAGAAGCCCUAUGAGUGUUAUGAAUGUGGGAAGUUCUUCUCCCAGAAGUCCUAUCUCACUAUCCACCAUCGGAUCCACUCGGGAGAGAAGCCCUAUGAAUGUAGUAAGUGUGGGAAAGUCUUCUCUCGGAUGUCGAACCUCACUGUACACUAUAGAAGCCAUUCGGGAGAGAAGCCCUACGAAUGUAACGAAUGUGGAAAAGUCUUUUCUCAGAAGUCCUACCUCACCGUGCACUACAGGACUCAUUCCGGAGAGAAGCCCUACGAAUGUAACGAGUGUGGGAAAAAAUUCCACCACAGGUCAGCCUUCAAUAGCCAUCAGAGAAUUCACAGGAGAGGGAGUGUGAACGUACUGGCUGUGGGGGAUCUCCUGUGAAGUCAGAGCCCUCUGAGUAUAUCGAGAUCUAACAAGGAGUCCAAGAUCAGUGUCUGAGAGUUCGUGCUUCUGAAUGGGGAAAAUUCUUCAGGCACUGGAUUCAUCUUCACCUAAUGUUUUUCACAGAGAAGAGUCCCUAAGGAUGCAAGAAGAAACAGAGCCUUCAAAGCAAGACCCUACAACUCAUUGGACACUAGAUAAUUUAUACAAGCAUGAAACUUGAUAACUAUUUAAUAUUUAUUUUGGGAUUCAAAUUGUAUUUACAUAUCAGGGAAUCACACCAAGGCGAGAUCUAAGUAAUGAAUGUGGGAAAAUCUGUUGUCUUGGAAAUUGUUAUACUGAAAGCCAUAUUUCUGAUGUAAAUUCACAUGUUUAUAGGGAAGAUACCAGAAGCUAUCAGCUCUGAAUAAACCAUUGUAUAAAAUCA